AUGGUUCCCAGUGCUGUCCAAAAGUUCCGCCCAGUCGUGGUCUCUGGUCCCUCGGGAACUGGAAAGUCGACUCUCCUAAAGAGACUCUUCGCUGAGUACCCUGACACUUUCGGAUUCUCUAUCUCCCACACUACUCGCUCACCCCGUGCCGGCGAAGAGGACGGCCGCGAAUACAACUUCACCACAAAGGAAGGGUUUCUCGAUCUCGUCGCACAAAACGGAUUCAUUGAGCAUGCCCAGUUCGGCGGCAACCACUACGGCACAAGUGUGCAGGCUGUGAAGAACAUUGCGGAAAAGGAGAGAAUCUGUAUCCUCGACAUCGAGAUGGAGGGUGUCAAGCAGGUGAAGAAGACUGAUCUCAAUGCCCGAUUCUUGUUCCUGGCGCCGCCUUCGUUGGAGGAGCUGGAGAGGCGCUUGCGGGGUCGGGGUACGGAGACCGAGGAUAGCCUGCAGAAGCGUUUGGCGCAGGCGCACAACGAGCUUGAGUACUCCAAGCAGGAGGGUGCUCAUGACAAGAUCGUUGUCAAUGAUGAUCUGGAGAAGGCAUAUUCGGAGCUGCGCGAUUGGGUUGUCGACGGUGGUCGUUUUGGAGCAUCGCAAUGA